CAGAAGGAGGGGUGUGUGUUGUUGUCGGUUGCUGCUGGGGACAGGCGGAGCUGCCAGGGUCGGUGAAAGUACUGUCGAGUAGCAACAAGACUUCUUCGGUUCUGAACAACUCGAACCAAGAAAAAACAAAAAAAAGUACCGGCCCGAGAAACACACAGAGACAACGAGAAGGCGGAUGAUAUAGAAGGCAACCUGAGGUCCUCCACCAGAGAAGAAACCAAAUGGGGAACCUGUUAAAAGUGCUCACUUGCACAGAGCUUGAACAGGGGCCAAACUUUUUCCUUGACUUUGAAAAUGCACAGCCGACAGACAUGGAGCGUGAUGUGUGGAACCAGGUGAACUCGGUCCUCCAGGAUUCUGAGAGCAUCCUGUUGGGUCUGCAGGCGUACAAAGGCGCCGGCCAGGAGAUCAGAGAUGCAAUUCAAAACCCGAACGACUUCAUGCAGCAGGAGCGAGCCUGGAACUCCGUCUGCCCGCUGGUCAUCAAGCUCAAGAAGUUCUACAGUUUCUCUCUCAGACUAGAGGAGGCCCUGCAGAGUUUACUGGAGUGCCUCACAUGUCCGCCCUUCACGCCCACUCAGCACCUGGAGAGGGAGCAGGCGCUGGCCAAACAGUUUGCUGAGAUCCUCCACUUCACUCUGCGCUUUGACGAGCUGAAGAUGAGAAUUCCGGCCAUUCAGAACGACUUCAGCUACUACAGAAGAACCAUCAGUCGAAACCGGAUAAACAACAUGAAUCUGGACAUUGAGAGUGAAGUCAAUAAUGAGAUGGCCAACAGGAUGUCUCUGUUCUACGCUGAAGCCACGCCCAUGCUGAAAACACUCAGCAACGCAACCACGAACUUCGUGACAGAGAACAAGACUCUUCCACUGGAGAACACGACAGACUGUCUCAGCACCAUGGCCAGCGUCUGUAAAGUCAUGCUGGAGACACCGGAGUAUUCGAGUCGUUUCAGCAGCGAGGACACGCUCCUGUUCUGCAUGAGGGUCAUGGUCGGAGUCAUCAUUCUCUAUGACCACGUCCAUCCCAACGGUGCCUUCAACAAGUCCUCGAAGAUAGACAUGAAAGGCUGCAUAAAAGUCCUGAAGGACCAGCCGGCAGACAACGUAGAAGGCCUCCUGAACGCCCUCAAAUUUACCACAAAACACCUGAACGACGAGUCCACUCCGAAGAACAUCCGGACGAUGCUCCAGUAAUUCAAAUUUUUUUUAAAAUAUAUAAAUAGAUAUGAAGAGGAUCACUGCUCUGACCUCAAAUAAGAUGUAUAUGUUUACAUUAUUUAAAAAGACUCGAUGUUAAUACUUGUGUGUAUUUGCAUAGUCAUUCCCUCCAAGCUAUUGAAACCUUCUUCUUCUUCUUCUUAUUGUACUUUGCAAAAAAUCUGAACACAUCACAUGAAUUGCCUCUACUGUUAACAGCUGUCAAAGCACAAAUGAUGGAAACCUAUCAGCCUUAUAUAUAUAUAACGGAGCUUUGUGAGCAGCACUUGGACAUGAAAUGAACAAGGCAGCAUAAAAAUGUCCUUUAAUCGAUCUUUUCAAUCUUUUAUUUGACAAUGGAGUUAAGUCGAGUGUACAGCUUUUUUAGUCAAGUCCAGCUUGUUUUUUUGAAACAAUAAAUCAUUUUUUUGAACAUUUUAAAAAUUCACAGGUUUUUUUUUCCGUUUGUAUCGCGGUUGAAAGUUCGACGUAUGUUAAAACAAGUGAAGUUGUUUCUGUGUUUUCACUUUAAUGACAGGAUAUGAAAUCAAUCGAUGUUAAAAGUUGGACUUUUUGUUUUGUGUUGCAGUGAAGGGCUAAAUAUUGUGAGCACGAGGGAUCGAUUUGGUUUGAUGUAUGAUGUAUUGCUAAAACCAUCAGGAUGUUUUCUGUAUUUGUCUUUAUUGUUUUCAGACUCAAUCAUUGUGCAACUGUUAAAAUAAAUCCACUGUGAACAUCAAACUAACUUUGCACAGCCAGUAAGAUCCAGUUUGUCGGCGUUCCUAAGCUUUGAAAAGGCCACGAUGAAGAAAGACUAAAUUAGAAUCGACUGUUUGUCCCUGUUUUCAGUGACUUUAUCGUGGCUUCAGCAUUGAACAGAAAAUGUGUUUCUCUAUUAGAAAAGGCCAAAAAAUCUCACAUUUUGGCUAAAUAAUAAAUAAAUGAUAUCAAAGUUUGUACAUCAAAGCCUCAUUCACAGAAAUGACUGAUGACCGUCUGCUUAUCAUAACCAAUACGCAUGUAACCCUAACGCACUCAAACUAACUUUCUCACAAUGUCAGACAAUCUCGACGGCUGCAAGCUGAAUUGUGGCUCUUUUCCUUUUUUUACUGUGUGCGAACUGAAAGCAAACGACUACUAAAUACUUGGAUCAGCUGUAAAGACUUUACUAAGUUUCAAUAAUAAUAAUAAACUGUCAUCACUCAUCAUGGAGCACGUCGUGGUCUUAAAGCCUGAACCUGUGAACUCGUGGAGAAAGUAUUUUUAUGUUUCAACACAGAAAUACUUUUUAUUUCAUCCACAAGCCAUAAACAUAAUGAACCAUAGUCAUUAACGCAUUAAAUUAACAAGUCAGGUAUCUACCGUUCAUUAUUCAGUCUGUUUAUAUUUUGAUCCUCUUGUAUUUAGUAAUAUAUAUAUGUGUGUGUGUGUGUGUGUGUGUGAGCUGUACAUUGAAUGCAAUGUUUUAUAUGCGGUGAGUGAAACGAGGCGUACGUAUGAUACGGAUAUUUCAUAUCUGACUGAAGUGUCACGUCUUGUGUCGCGGCUGAUGUUCACGACGCUCCUUCUUCUCUGCCUGAGAUGCUACUGUGUGUUCAAUCUGACACCGAAUCAGUUUGUUUCUCUUUUUGUCUUAAACUGACAGUUUUUGUUUAAUAUGUUCAGAGUUCAGACUUACUGUUUAUAUAAAUUGCUUUGGCUUUGUAUUGCAUAUUGAAUGGGACGUGUGAAUUGGAUAAUAAAGGUGGUACAUUUCUUA